ACGCGCGCCGGCGACCAUGGCGUUCGCCGGGUUGGAGCGAGUGCAUUAACCCCGGGAGGCGGCGGCAGCGGCGGCGAGGGAGCGAGCCUCGAGCGGGCGGGCCCCAGCCUGAGGGAAGGGAGGAAGGGGCGGGGAGAGCGCCAGAGGGAGGCCGGUCGGCCACGGGCGGGCGGGCAGCGCAGCGCCAAGCGGGGCCCGCGGGCCCAUGAGGAGGCCCGGGGACCAUGGGCUCCAGGAUCAAGCAAAACCCAGAGACCACGUUUGAAGUAUAUGUUGAAGUGGCCUAUCCCAGGACGGGUGGCGCUCUUUCAGAUCCUGAGGUGCAGAGGCAAUUCCCGGAGGACUACAGUGACCAGGAAGUUCUACAGACUUUGACCAAGUUCUGUUUUCCCUUCUAUGUGGACAGCCUCACAGUCAGCCAAGUCGGCCAGAACUUCACGUUUGUGCUCACGGACAUUGACAGCAAGCAGAGGUUUGGGUUCUGCCGCCUAUCUUCUGGAGCCAAGAGCUGCUUCUGCAUCCUAAGCUACCUCCCCUGGUUCGAGGUGUUUUAUAAGCUGCUCAACAUCUUGGCCGAUUACACGACCAAAAGACAGGAAAGCCAAUGGAAUGAGCUCCUUGAAACCCUGCACAGACUUCCCAUCCCUGACCCAGGAGUGUCUGUUCAUCUCAGCGUGCAUUCUUAUUUUACUGUGCCUGACACCAGAGAACUUCCCAGCAUACCUGAAAAUAGAAAUCUGACAGAAUAUUUUGUGGCUGUGGAUGUUAACAACAUGUUGCACCUGUACGCCAGCAUGCUCUACGAACGCCGCAUCCUCAUCAUUUGCAGCAAGCUCAGCACUCUGACCGCCUGCAUCCACGGCUCGGCCGCGAUGCUGUACCCCAUGUACUGGCAACACGUGUACAUCCCGGUGCUGCCGCCUCACCUGCUCGACUACUGCUGUGCUCCCAUGCCCUACCUCAUAGGAAUCCAUUUAAGUUUAAUGGAGAAAGUCAGAAACAUGGCCCUGGACGAUGUCGUGAUCCUCAACGUGGACACCAACACCUUGGAAACCCCCUUCGAUGACCUCCAGAGCCUCCCAAAUGAUGUGAUUUCUGCCCUGAAGAGCAGGCUGAAGAAAGUCUCCACAACUACCGGUGAUGGUGUGGCCAGAGCGUUCCUGAAGGCCCAGGCUGCGUUCUUCGGAAGCUACCGCAAUGCUCUGAAGAUUGAGCCCGAGGAGCCCAUCACCUUCUGUGAGGAGGCCUUCGUGUCCCACUACCGCUCCGGCGCCAUGAGGCAGUUCCUGCAGAAUGCCACGCAACUGCAGCUCUUCAAACAGUUCAUUGAUGGCCGCUUGGACCUCCUGAAUUCUGGAGAAGGUUUCAGUGACGUCUUUGAGGAGGAGAUCAACAUGGGCGAGUAUGCAGGCAGUGACAAAGUGUACCAUCAGUGGCUCUCCACAGUCCGGAAAGGAAGCGGGGCCAUCCUGAACACCAUGAAAACGAAAGCCAACCCCGCCAUGAAGACCGUCUACAAGUUUGCAAAAGAUCAUGCAAAAAUGGGAAUAAAAGAGGUGAAAAACCGCUUGAAGCAAAAGGACAUCACGGAGAACGGCUGUGCACCCCCGACAGAGGAGCAGCUGCCCAAGACUUUGCCGUCCCCACUGGUGGAGGCCAAGGACCCCACGCUCCGGGAAGACCGCAGACCCAUCACCGUGCACUUCGGACAGGUGCGCCCACCUCGGCCACACGUGGCCAGGAGACCGAAGAGCAACAUCCCAGCAGACGGCCGGAGGACAUCAGUGUCCAGCCCUGAACACCUGGUAAAGCCCUCGCGACACUAUGCCGUCUUCCUGUCCGAGGACUCCUCUGACGAUGAGUGCCCGCGGGAAGAGGGCCCCAGCGCUGGCUUCAGCGGCAGCUUCUUCUCUGCUCCCUUCGAAUGGCCGCAGCCCUACCGGACACUCAAGGAGUCUGACAGCGCAGAAGGCGAGGAGGCCGGGAGCCCCGAACAGCGGGCGCGGGCACCCCAGGUCCCUGGGCCCGCCCCUCCUGACCGCGCUGCCAGCAUCGACCUGCUGGAAGACGUGUUCAACAGCCUGGAAAUGCAGGCCCCCCUUCAGCCACUGGGCCAAGCCAAAAGCCUGGAGGACCUCCGGGCCCCCAAGGACGCGACGGAGCAGCCAGGCACAUUUGGUUACCAGAGGCUGGACCUGGGCAGGAGUGAGAGGAGCCUCGGGCUGACGAUGGCCCUAAAGCUCGCCCACCCUUACAACAAGCUCUGGAGCCUGGGCCAGGAUGACAUGGCCAUCCCCAGCAAGCCCCUCGCCGCCUCCCCCAAGAAGCCCUCGCCCCAGCUGGGCAGCUCCCCGGCCCUGCCCCUUGGGCCCCAGGAUCAGGACGGCAUCUGGAACCCUGGCAAGAGGGAGGCAGCGCCCACCCCAACUCCAGGCAGCAUCACCAUCCCCCGGCCGCAGGGCAGGAAGACCCCCGAGCUGGGCAUUGUGCCUCCGCCACCUGCCACUCGCCCAGCCAAGCUCCCAGCUGCCAGCCUAGACCUCUCAGAGGUACCACCUGCUGAUGGAGACCGGCGGGCAGCCCUGAGCCCCGCCCUGUUCCCAGGUCUGCUCCCCAGCGCCGCCCCCCAAGGCCCUCUGGAACUGCUGCCUCCACUCAGCCCGGCCCCAGGGGCUGCACCUACAGGUGGCGACACCCUGCUUGCCCUCCUGGACCCACUCAACACGACCCGGUCAGGCUCCUUCCCGCCCCGCACUAACGCCCAAUGCACAGCCACUCCCUUCACCCCGCAGUUCAGCUUCCCCGCUGCAGGAACUCCGAACACCUUCCCACAGCCACCCCUUAACCCAUUUGUCCAGCCCAUGCCAGCCCCCCCGCCCACACUGCCACUGCGCCCCUUAGCACCCGGGCCUUUCGGGAUGCCACCCGCAACCCUGGGGCCAGCUUUCCCACCCAGCCUCCUGCUGUCUGGCUCUGGCUUCUGCACCCCUCACCGAUCUCAGCCCCACCUCUCCGCCCUCUCCAUGCCCAACCUCUUUGGCCAGGCACCCAUGGGUGCCCACACUAGCCCCCUACAGCCACUCGGCCCGCCGGCAGCUGCCCCAUCAAGGAUCCGAACACUGCCCCUGCCCCGCUCCAGUGCCAGGGCUGUGGAGGCCAAGCAGGGGCUGGCCCUGAGGCCCACAGACACCCCACUUGUGCCUGCUAGACCCUCUCAGGGCCUGGAGCCAGCCCUGCAGCCCUUGGUCCCCCAACAAGCCAGAGACCCCUUUGAAGAUCUGUUACAGAAAACCAAGCAGGACGUGACAUCUGUGGGCUCGGUGGAGCAGCUCCGGAAGCAGUGGGAGACAUUCGAGUGAGCCCGGCUGGCCCUCAGCCUUCCCUGCCGCUGCUUCUGCCAGGACUGGGCUGGCGGGCAGGGGCAGGACACCUCCCAGCCGCCCCCUCUGUCCCUCCACACUGCCCACUUGUGGGCUCUGGUCCUGGGCAAUGGGGGCCUAGCCCACCCUGCUGCCAACCCCUCCUGGCACCCGAUGGGGCCUUGCACUGAAGAGCUCAACUGGGUCAGGAGUGCCAAGCCUCCCCUGGAGAGGCUGCGCUCAGCGUGGGCACCGGGGCUGGUGGGGGGCACAUGGAGUAAGUGCCCCCCCCACCAGCUGGAAGGCCUGCCUGGCCCUCAUGAGCAAUACAUAGUCUUCGCCUUCAUGAGUCUUCACCCCGACCCCCAAGCUCCACUUGUGUCUGGGGUACAGAGAGGUCUUGGGACCCUUUGUGAUGGCGAAAUCCCAGCCAGUGCCAGCCCCACGUUGGGGCCAGGAGUGCCAGCCGCUGUGACUUGGGAGACACCCCCCGAAGCCGAGCGUGCUGGGAGAGGACCUCAGCCCUGUCACUUCUGACACAGCGCCUAGAGGGGCAGCGCAGGCAACAGAGACCCGAACCCAGUCCCCAGGCCAAGCCAACUGCCACAGACGGCCGUGGAUGUGGGAGGCCCUGCUGUCCCAGGCCCACGUGGCAUGGCUGACCGAGGCUACACCAGCCUGGACUUCCCCAGGCCAGCCCCGGCCCGGGCACGUGGCGCUGCUCGCCAGCACAGAAAUUCCUGAGACGUCACCAAAGUAAAACCGCAGUGUUCUGUUACCGUUCCUUUCAUCUCUCUUUUCCUCUUUGCUUUAUUGAUUUGAUGAACCUUGAAAUCGACUCCUCUCAAUAAACCACGUUCCAGCAGG